UGGUACAAAAAUGGACAGAUAAUUUCUACUGGUAACCAUUACUGGUAUUCACACUAUCUGAAGCUUACAGAUAGCUACUCCUGUGCUUUUAGAGAUCAUGAAGCUUCACCUUCUCCAUCAGUGUGUUAUCAAGGUGAUUCGUGCAACAGAGUGAAUUACAGUAACAGAAGAAUCUGUGCAUUGAAAGGCUCAUCAGUGGACAUUUCUUCUACUUACAACAGUUAUGAAAGUCAAAUCCAAUCACAAUUCUGGUUCCGUUCUGGUCGUGGAUCUGAGGACCUCAGAGAAGACUCCCAGUAUGCAGGUCGUGUUGAGCUGAUUGAAACAGAGAGAGGACGCUCCACUCUGAGAAUCAGAGACCUGACAGAGAGUGAUUCAGCCGAGUAUCACUUCAAAUUCAAAACACAAAGCUUUGAAUGGAGGAGUAGUUUACCUGGAACAACUCUGACUGUCACAGAUGUUCAGGUCAGUGUGUCCACUGGACGAAAGUUGGAUUGUGUCACCAGGUGUAAUCCUUAUGUUUCAUCUUAUGUCUGGUACAAAAAUGGACAACAAGUGAAUGGAGCCAGCUCUUCUUCUUAUGAAGCACCAUAUGACAAUAAAAACAGCUACUCAUGUGCUUUAAAAGGAUUUGAGGAUUUUCACUCUCUGUUAGUUUGUAUAUAUGGUGAACGGUGCAACAGAGUGAAUUACAGUAACAGAAGAAUCUGUGCAUUCAAAGGCUCAUCAGUGGACAUUUCUUCUACUUACAACAGCUAUGAAAGACAAAUCCAAUCAACAUCCUGGUUCCGUUCUGGUCGUGGAUCUGAGGACCUCAGAGAAGACUCCCAGUAUGCAGGUCGUGUUGAGGUGAUUGAAACAGUGACAGGACGCUCCACUCUGAGAAUCAGAGACCUGACAGAGAGUGAUUCAGCCCAGUAUCACUUCAAAUUCAAAACACAAAGAUUUGAAUGGGGGAGUAGUUUACCUGGAACAAUUCUGACUGUCACAGCUCUGCAGGUGAAGGUGAGCAGAAUAAUAUCAGUCCAUGAGUCUCAGACUGAGGCAGAGCUGAAGUGUGAAAGCAGCUGCAGUCCAGCUGGUCGUCUUUCUUUUGUCUGGUUCAAAAACAAUCAGUUUAUGGUUGAACAAAGUUCUUAUCAAAAUCUGUUCAGUCCUGGAGACGUCAUCUCCUGUGCUUUCAAAGGACACGAAGAUUAUCGCUCAGAUCCUGUGUAUGCUCCAAAGCUUCCCUCUGUAUCAGUGAGUCCCUCUAAGGAGAUAGUGGAGGGCAGUCCAGUGACUCUAACAUGUAGCAGUGAUGCUAACCCAACUAAAUAUACCUGGUACAAGGAACAAAGUCUGAUCAGUAGAGAACAGCAGCUCAUCUUCAACCCGAUCCAGUCUGCUGACUCUGGAGAAUAUUACUGUACCGCUGAGAAAGAGCUGGGCAAAUGGCCAAUAAUUAAUUACAUCUCUAUCAAUGUAAAUUAUGCUCCAAAGCUUCCCUCUGUGUCAGUGAGUCCCUCUGCUGAGAUAGUGGAGGGCAGUUCAGUGACUCUGACCUGUAGCAGUGAUGCUAACCCAGCAGCUACAUACACCUGGUACAAGGAGAAAGAUCAUGAACAUCUCAGUGAAGACUCACAGCUCAUCUUCAGCUCCAUCCAGCCCUCUGACUCUGGAGAAUAUUACUGUACAGCUGAGAAUGAGCUGGGCGAAAAAAAAUCUGACUCCAUCUUCAUCAAUGUGAAAUAUCCUCAAAAGCCUCCCUCUGUAACAGUGAGUCCGUCUGGUGAGAUCGGUGAGGGCAGUCCAGUGACUCUGAUCUGUAGCACAGUCAGUUGUUCUCCUGGCAUUAGGAACAAUCAAGACUCAUGGAAAAAAACAGCUGCAGUUGCAUCAAUCACUGUUCUAUUUCUGGCUGUCAUAAUCAUCACUGGAAUCAUAUUCAUUAGAAGAAAAGGGUGCUUUAAAACAAAUUUAUCCAGAGAGAGGCCAGACAACAAACCAGAGGAAAAUGCAUAUUAUUAUUACACACUUAACGCUCCGCAAAGUGGAUGUCCGGAGCGUGGCGGCCCUUCAGCUCCACCAGCUUCAGCACAGAGUAGAGCAGCAGAGGAACAGCAGGAUGAUCUUUGCUAUGCUAGUGUAACUUUCAUAAAGAAGCCAGAAGAGCACGACUACUACAACAUUCUCCCCAUUAAGACCAAAAGACGAAAAGAAAAGGAUGAAGAAGUAACAGAUGUGGACUACACUGUGGUCAGAUUAAACAGCACCCAAAGAUUAAGAGAUCAACAGGCUGCAGAGUAUUCAUCAGCACUAUACAGCACAGUCAGGAAAAAGUAGAGUAUGAACAUGAAUGUGUGUCUUCAGUGUACAUAUUUAAUGCUUUUAGGAAGAUACUGCUGUUUAUAGCUGUGUUUGCAUUUUGAUAAAGAAUGAUGCAACAGAUGAAACAAGUAGUGUCCUUGGACAGUGGACUUCCUUUUCCUGUCUACACGUGUAACUAGUUUCUUGAAGACCUCAACAAGAGGAACAUUGCAGAAUUUAUUGAGGCAAUCUUGGAAAAGCAAAAUGUGUUUGCACCACAAGUGCACUCUGAUCAUAGUUCUGAUGGCAACAGCUGCCAGACAGGAUUAAAUAAAUAAAAAAUCAGUCUAACUUUACAGAAAUAAAAUCUUACUACAGCUAACAAGAAGCCCAAGGCCUCUUUAGGCAAUAUGCACUCUUUAGGGAAUUGUAUUGUAUUUUGUCCUGCUGAAACCCAUUUUAAUGUACUUAACAUAAUUGUGAGUAUAAUUAUUUUUUAUUUGUGUGGAUAUGAGAUAUAGGAGUCUUUGCAGAACAGCAGGAGGUAGGUCUGAUUAAUCUUAAAGUCCUGGUGCUUUGACCCUCCUGAACUGCGCUCAUGUGUCGAUUACAGCUGUGUUUAGCUGUAUGUUUUUAUCUUUAUACUUAUUUCCUUCAUAAUGAAUCAGAGGGAGCAUGAUUUUGUCCAUCAUUCAAGUCAUCCUUGUUAUUUUGAGUAAAAUUAGAAAUGUUUCA